UUCAGUCACAUUCAUUCUCGUUGCGAGUUCACAGUGACAAGUCAGCCCAGCCCAGCCCAAAUCCAGACCCAAAUCCCAUCCAAAAUGAACAAAUUCUUCGUCCUUGCCGUUGCCGCCCUGGCCAUUUCCUGCGUCCAGGCCGAUUCCUUCGAUGCGAGAGCCGAGACCCGGGAGUACAAGAGCGACCUGAAGGAGGACGGCAGCUAUGCCUACCAGUACCAGACCUCCAACGGCAUCGCCGGCCAGGAGUCGGGCGCAGGUGGCUACUACGCCAGUGGCUCGAACGCCUACUACGCCCCCGAUGGCCAACUGAUCCAGCUGACCUACACCGCCGAUGCGGACGGUUUCCACCCCGCCGGCGCCCAUCUGCCCACCCCUCCUCCCAUUCCGGCGGCCAUCCUGAAGUCCCUGGAGUACAUCCGCACCCAUCCCCACCAGGAAUCCCGCCAGGGUCAGGGACGAUUCUAGACCAAGUUGGGCCUGGGGCCUGCGGCCACCACCACCACAUGUUGAGCGUUAUUCGAGUUAGGCUUAAGUCAU